AUGUUUCUUUAAAUAUUUCUUUAGCACUUCAGUAGUUCAGUAGUGGCAUGCCCGUGCAGCCUCUUCGGCAGAUCCGCUCGCAUUUUCUGCCGAUGACACCCGAUCUUUAACUAGCAGAAGACGCCUCCUUCCUCUAGUUUUCUUCCUUCUCAAUGAAGGAGUUGAGCUGACUGUAGGUGACCCAAUCCAUUGCUGCGAAUCUCUGCAGACGGCGCCGGAGCUAGCUUUUUCGAUUUCUCUUUUCUGCGAUCCGUUUCAUCCCAGAGUGAAAGAUAAGAAGUCGAGGAAUAUUAUUGGAACGGAGUUUAGCUUUGAUUGUCUGGCAAGAUGUACGCAGCGGCUGGUCCUCAGCUCUCUGAUUCUAAUCAAAGGAUCAUUGAAGCCAACAAUGCAUCAAAGAGGGUUUAUCAAGUCUGGAAAGGAAGCAAUAGGUUCUUCCUUGGUGGGAGGCUCGUUUUCGGUCCAGAUGUGAGAUCACUAUUUUUCACCAUAGGCCUGAUAGCAAUUCCAGUGAUCCUGUUUGCAGUGUUUGUUUCAGCCCAGCUUGCAGAAGAAAUUCAUUCUCAGAUUGGCUAUCUGAUCUUAUCUAUAUCUGUGAUCUUUGCAGCAUAUGUUAUCUUUCUUCUGCUUCUCACAUCAGGCAAGGAUCCAGGCAUUAUCCCUCGCAAUGCUCAUCCUCCAGAGCCAGAAGAUGAAGCUGACAUCUCCAAUGCUUCAGCGGGAAAUCAUAGCGGCCCAUCAAGCUUGCCUCCCGCCAAGGAUGUGGUCGUUAAUAAUAUCAUAAUCAAGGUCAAGUACUGCCAUACUUGCAUGCUUUAUCGCCCCCCACGGUGCUCCCAUUGUUCUAUUUGCAAUAACUGUGUGGAGCGUUUUGAUCAUCAUUGCCCCUGGGUUGGACAAUGCAUUGGCAAGAGAAACUACAGAUUCUUCUUCAUGUUUGUGCUAUCUACAUCCCUCCUUUGUGUUUAUGUCUUCAUAUUUUGCUGGGUUAACCUGAAGAAGAUAAUGGAUGUGCAUGAAUGUAAUCUUUGGAGAGCCUUCCUUAAAUCACCAAUUUCAGGAAUUCUUAUCAUAUAUACAUUCAUAGCUUUUUGGUUUGUAGGAGGGUUGACAGCAUUCCAUCUUUACUUAAUCUGCACUAAUCAGACCACAUAUGAGAACUUCCGGUACCGUUAUGAUAAGAAAACAAAUCCUCACAACCUUGGCUGUGCCCAAAAUGUGAGUGAAAUAUUUUUAUCCAGAAUUCCAAGUUCUAAGACCAACUUCCGUGCUAAAAUGAAGGAUAACUCAGUGAUCUUCACCUCAUCUCAUCCCGCUCUCAGCCAAGACAUGCCAAAGAUGAGUGUGGAUCUGGAGGUGGGUGGGAAGCGGCAGACUGUGGCUGAGGAGGAGCUGGACGACAUACAGAGCCAAAUCGAUAGCAUCAGAGGAUCAGAUGGGUGCAAUUCCCAGCUGCCUCACUCGAGCUCACGAGAUCACAAAGGCAGUUGGGAGACAACGCCAGAUAUUGGGGCUUUGGCUGCCGAGCUUGGAAUGGAACGUUGUUUGUCUGAUAGAGAAAAAACUUCGACAGAUAUUCUAUAGAUACAUACGAAAAACUAUCCAAGUAUUGAAGCCUACCCAAUGCUGAUUCUUGUUAAUUUUCCAAAAGUGUGAUCAAAAGUUUCUAGUGUCACAAAUACUGUAUACGUACGGCUUCUAGAUUCAUGUAACUAGUUGCUGUUACCAUCAAAACUUUUCCUCGAGAGCGGCCAUGUUUUAUUAUGUGUUUCUCUUCCGUACAUCUGGCUUCUGUAACAAAUCCAUGUCUGGGAUUGCUGGCUUUUUCUGUCA